AUGUUUCUCCUAGUGAUGCUACAAUUUUUACUUCGUGUUUUAGGAACUAACUGUGAUGAUAACGUAGCGGAUGAGAUACGUUAUGAUAAUGGUUUAGUUCAUGGUAAUGAAACGACAGACAAUAUGAACAGUGAUGAAGAAAUUGAUGUUGGUGAUCAGUUUAGUGAUGUAUUUUAUGGCGCAGGAGAAGAAAUACGUGCUGUUGAUUACUCGUGCAAUGGUAUGCCAGGCACUGAUCAUAAGAGUGAAUUGGAACUAAACGAACCGAAAAGCAGUGGUGAUACGCAAACAAAGAAAAGACGUGCACAUACGCCGUUGUUCAUUCAACAUGGACGCUUUUAUGACAGCACGCAGAAUAAGGAAAUGGAAUCGCACAGCUCUGGUUUAGUACGUGACGUGGCACCGUGCAAUCUCGAACCAACAAAUAGCAGCAGUGGUGAUGCAGUGCCAUCAAAUGUACCGGAUAUCGUUGAAUUAAGUGCUCACAAUCCACCAACUUUACCUGUUCGUGGCGAUGAUACUUCCAUUGUUUCUCGAAAUGCCCCUGAACGUGAUUUCAACCACAAACGGUCAACAUUAGAGAGCUCACCGAUAAAUACCAAACAAAUGAAAUACGGUGCACAGAAUUGCUUGGAUAGCAGGGCUUUAACGCACUUUUGGCCUGAACAAUCAGCUAUAUGUGCCAAAGAUGCAGAAAAUUGUACAACGAGGAGUAGAGAACAGAUAGCGAAUAAUGAUGCUUACCACAUAGCUAAUGAUGAUGUAAGACAGUAUACACCGUGUAUAGAGUAUUUACAUGUGUAUUUUGGGAAUAAAAGAUUGUUUACGGUUGGCAGCGAAUAUUUUGGAUGCUGCGGCCGAAAUGCUAUAUCGUAUGGAGCAAUAUUGCGUAACAGAAGGAUAUUUAUUAUGAAUUGCGCGCGAUUUGUUCAACAUUGCAAGGAUUACAUCCAUGAACUGCCAUAUAAACUUCAUACUAUCCGCUACGUAUGCACUGGUAUGAAGUACGUGUUGUUAGAUCGUAAUUUUAUUGAAUUGUAUGUUAAUUGCAAGGUCAUCGCACAGCAAAUUGAAUGUGUUUUUAGCGAAUUAAACCUUGCAACGCAACUGAUGAACCAAGUGAUUGGUAAAUUGUAUGUACGUUGUCCACAAGACAUGAAACAGGCUGCUGAGAACAUAUCAUGUGAUUUCAGCGAAGUUAUGGCAGUGCAAAGGCAAGUAAUUAAGGCACUGGCGGAUAGCAUAUCGGAAGUUGGAAGACUUGUUCCGAUGAUGGAUUUAUCAAAAAAUGUACGAUACGGAGAAAAUAACAUGAUGGCAGGUGGGAGUGAAUCGUGUAAUGCAAAUGUUGGAGAAGAGCAGGAAGUGGUAGGAGGAUCAUAUGAUCCGGUGAAAGCAGAUGCGCGUCAAAACGUUUCUCAUACAGAACGGUACAGCAAGAUGAAAAGAUUCGAAAGCACAAUCAAAUCGAAUACGCAUCAUAGCGCGAAACAUGGUGCGUCAGUUGACGAAAAAGCAUCUACAAGUGCCGAAAAUCUCGGAUGGACCGAAUAACCACAAUCAUUACGUAGAAAAUACGGCGAUAAUUACCAUUUAAUGGUACCUCCGUAUCAAAAUAAAAAUGAGAACGAUAUCGUAUAUAAGACGGACGCGUUGCAAAAAUUGCUGCAAAAACUGUUAAACGAAUGCAUGGGAGUAGCUGACGGUUUACAGAACAGUUCGUUAUUUUUCAAAGAUAUUUUGUGGAUAAUACGGAUGUCAGGAAACGAUGAUAAGGGUUCUAAAAAACGUAGGUUCUAGUGCUUGAAACGAUUGAAAUGAAUGCUAGUUUUAUUAGUAACAGGUGCUAUGAUGCAUUCUGAUCACACACCUAUUCGAUUAAACGUAUUCAUUAUCGG